AUGGCUUACACGCAGCAUCAUGUUUGGCUUCUCGUCCCGGCUUGGGGACACAUCACGAGUGGAAAUGCACUCAUGGUGCGCAUGUUGCAGUUGAAUCCGUCGCUAGUGACCACGGUUGUGCAUCAUGCUAUGACUUUGGCCAAAGCUGAAGCAGACAUUGCUCAAUAUGCAGAUAUACCAAAAGACAGAAUUCGUCUUGUGGGUGUUGGAGAUCCAGAAGUCGCGAAGAUGGAAGGAGCCAACUUCAUGAUGGUGGCAUUCAAACAGCUCGGUGACGGCUGGCUCAAGACCCUUGGAGAACUCGCCGCAAAUGAUGCGGAAUGGCCCAAGCCGACAGUACUCAUCCAAGAUCAAUUUGGCACCAACAUGUUUCUUCCAGAUGCCAGGAAGAUUGUGGGACCAGAAUGCAAGACAUUCAUGCAUUGGACGCCAAGCACAAGCUGUUUUUAUAGCUUUCUAGUUCCAGGCAGGCUUGGCGGGUUUGCGGACUAUGAGGAGACCGUUGAGAAGUAUCUCAAGGAUGACAGCCUUCGGGAUGGAAGGGAAAGACCUGGGAUCUUGGAAGAGGUGUGCAAAGCCAAGAACGGGACUGAUCGACUCAACGGCACAGUUUUCAAGAUUCCAGGAAUGAAAGACAUGUACGACUAUGAACGUGAAGCGAGCAACGGACCAACACCUGCCGGUCUUGCUCCAAUGCUCUGCACAAUGGUCGACCUCGCGAAGAACACCGAUGGAAUUAUCUGCGCAUCAUCUGAGGUUAUUGAAGGAGAUGCUCUCAAAGCAUGUGGCGAGAUACAAAAAAUAUACGGAGUCGGUCUUUCUGUUGCACCAAGGGGGUGGAGUUCAGGACUCGCUCUCAAGGACGACAAUAUCCGAAACUUUCUGGAUAAGUUCGAGCCCAAGUCUGUGCUAUAUAUAUCGUUUGGCUCCAUGUUCUUUCCCACCACUGAGCCAGCUCACGUGACCGCUCUGCUCACCACUCUCGAAUCCUGCUCCUUCCCCUUCAUUUUUGCCCUUGGUGGCCGUCUAGCAACCAACUCCCUCGAUGAAUCUCUCAUUGAGCGGAUCAACGCUUCCGGGAAGAGACUCAUCCACAACGCAUGGGUUGAUCAACAAGCAAUUCUUGAGCAUCAAGCUGUUGGUUGGUUCUUGACACAUGGUGGCUGGAAUAGCAUUGCGGAGAGCUUAAUUCAAGGAGUCCCGAUGAUGAUUUGGCCGCUCGCGCAAGGUGACCAAGCAACUAACGCAGCGUUGUUGUCGACACGAGAAAAGCCAUUGGGAUUUGAGUUUUUGCAGAUUCGUCAAGGUAGCGCGAAAGGUAAAGCUAUGAGGACUGGACAGCUAAUUAAAGGUGACCUCGAGAGUGUGAAAGAAGAGUUCGAAGCUGUUUUCACCAAAGCGCGUGGUGAAGAGGGCGAGAGGAUCAGAGACAAUACAAAAGAACUUGCCGCUGAACUGAGGAAAGAAAGAGAUGGACGAGCAGACGCUGUGAUUAAGGAAUUGGCAUUCAUGUGAAGAGGUCGCAAUUUUAGACGGAAGUUUAUAGAAAUGAAAAGU